UAAUGUGGUGGUGCUACUUGCUAGCUAGCUAGUGGUACUUAUACAAGCCUAGAUACCACAAUUAAUUGCACAAUUCACUUCAAAAUACAAAAACAACUAUGGAGGGUCCAAACAAGACCAAAAGUCCACUUCUCCAUACUCAAAAUAUCCUCCCUCAAACCACCUUCAACCGCAUAUACAUGGUGGUUCACGCAACCGCCUUAACAUUCCUUCUUUACCGCCAUACUCAUACCCUCUUUAACUCCCCGUCCUUUUCUUCCUUCCUCCUCUUCAUCUCCGACAUCAUCCUCGGCUUCUACUGGGCCAGCACACAAUCUUUCCUCUUCCGCCCUAUUCGCCGCCGUGAGUUCCCCGGAAAUCUCAAAACCGUAAUCUCGAAAGAAGGAAAGGAGUAUCCUGCCUUGGAUAUAUUUAUAUGUACGGCUGAUCCUUAUAAGGAGCCGCCGAUGGGGACGGUGAACACGGCGUUGUCGGUUAUGGCUUACGAUUAUCCGCCGGAAAAAUUAUCUAUUUAUGUAUCGGAUGAUGGUGGGUCCCAACUUACUCUGUUUGCGUUAAUGGAAGCGGCUAAGUUCGCUCGUCAUUGGUUGCCGUUCUGUAGGGAAAAUAAUGUAAUGGAUAGGUGCCCUGAAGCUUACUUUAAUAGUGUAUUUUACGCUAAUCGUUCUCUCGAGGCUGAUAAUAUGAAGAUGUACGAGAGCAUGAAAGUUAGAGUUGAAGAUGCCUUAGAAAGAGGAAGAGUCGAGGAGGCUCAUAUUGAUGUAGAAAUGCAACAAAUUUUUGCCAAAUGGACUACAUUUAAUUUUACUCCUCAAAUUCAUCCUACAAUUAUUGAGGUGUUAUUGGCUUCUUUGAAGGACAGAGACGUAAGUGGGGAAGUGAUGCCUAACUUGAUAUAUACAUCUAGAGAAAAAAGCAAAGCCCAUCACCAUCGCUUCAAAGCUGGUGCCCUCAAUGCUUUGGUUCGUAUAUCGGCAAUAAUGACAAAUGCACCAAUAGUUUUAACCUUGGAUUGUGACAUGUAUUCUAACGAUCCGCAAACUGUUAAGCGGGCUUUAUGUUAUUUCUUUGAUCCUGAGAUUCUACCAACAAUGGCAUACGUUCAGUUUCCUCAAAUAUUUCAUGGGCUCAACAGAGGAGAUAUUUAUUUUAGUGAACAUAAACGUCUUUUCCAAAUCCAUCCAAUGGGAAUGGAUGGGCUUUUAGGCCCUAAUUAUGUGGGAACUGGUUGCUUCUUUCAACGUCGAGCUUUCUUUGGAGGCCCGUCAACUUAUAUUCAGCCCGAAUGUCCGGAACUUUGCCCUGAUCAUGUAGUAAAGAAGCCCAUUGGGUCACAAGAGAUCCUCGAAUUGGCCCACUCUGUGGCUGCUAGUCACUACGAGAACCACAAAGGGUGGGGAUCAACGAUGGGCUUCUAUUAUGGAUCGUUGGUGGAGGACUAUUAUACGGGUUACCGGUUGCAGUGUGAAGGAUGGAAGGGUGUGUUUUGCUACCCAGAAAGGCCAGCUUUCUUGGGGGAUUCACCCAUAACAUUGAUUGAUCUGCUUAGCCAAUCCAAAAGGUGGAUGAAUGGGCUUCUUGAUGUUCUUUGCUCAAGAUAUAGCACUUUAACAUUUGGGCUUCAAAGAUUGGGCCUACUCAUGAGCUUUGCUUAUACUUAUUAUGCUAUUUGGCCCAUUCUUUGCAUCCCAAUAACAGUUUAUGCCUUCCUUCCUCAACUUGCCCUCCUAAGUGGAAUUUCCAUCUUCCCUAAGAUUUCAGACCCAUGGUUUCUUCUAUACAUAUUCCUCUUCAUUGGUGCAUAUGAAAAAGACCUCCUAGACUUUCUCCUUGAGAAAGGAACCUUUAUAAGAUGGUACAAUUCUCAAAGAAUGUGGAUGAUUUGCGGACUCUCAAGUUUCCUCUUCGGAUGCUUAGAUUACACACUUAGCUCCUUAGGAAUCUCGGUUCGAGGAUUCGAUGUCACUAGCAAAGUACAAGACGAUGAACUAAGCAAAAGAUACGAUCAAGGCACUUUCGAAUUCGGUGUGGCUUCACCCAUGUUUAUACCUAUGUCUAUGGCUGCCCUAAUCAACCUGCUUUCCUUCAUUAAAGGAUCAUUUGGAGUAAUUAGUAGAGGAUUGGACAAUAUGGAAGGCCUAAUUCUACAGAUUAUAUUGUCUGGAUUUGUCGUGAUUAAUUGUUGGCCACUUUAUGAAGCAAUGGUGUUUAGAAAUGAUAAUGGAAGAAUGCCCACUAAGAUCACUCUAAUUGCUGCUUUUUUAGCUUCAAUUAUGUGCUUGAUUGUUUUAGGGCACUACUCGAUCGACUGAUUUCCAAUUUGUUUAGCAUAGGAUUGUAAAUGUGUAUCGUACUUUUAUUAGAUUGCAACUAUAUUGGAUAUUGAAAAAAAAAAUAAAUGUAAUGAUCAAUUAUAUAUAAACAACAUUUAUUUACAAAAUAUAAGAGAUUUUAUUUAAACAUACAAAUUAAAUAACAUCAUCAUCAUUAUACCAA